UGAAGUCGUAACUCCGAGGUCUCUCUCUCAUUGGCCGUCUGUGUUGAAAAUGGAGGACGGAGUGAUUCUGAGGGAGUGGUUCGGCCGAGUUGACUCAGAGAAAACUGGGAGCAUCACAGCAACUCAGCUCAAGAGCGCGUUUGCCAUCGGUAACCUCGACUUUCCUCUGUCUGUCGUCCAACAAAUGAUCAGGAUGUAUGAUUUUGAUAGAAAUGGUACCAUGAGCUUUGAAGAAUUUCUUGCCCUCAACAAGUUCCUCAUCAAGGUCCAGCAAGCCUUCUCAGACUUAGAGAGUUCACUUUACAGGAAUCGCGGAUUCCUUGCAACCGAUGAUGUUUAUGAGGCACUAAACAAAAUUGGAUUCUCUUUGGACACUCCUGCAUUCUAUGCAGCGUGUGAGAGCUUUGAUCAAAAGAAGAAUGGGAGACUUCAGCUGGAUGACUUCAUAUCACUUUGUAUAUUUUUGCAGUCUGCUCGGAAUUUAUUUAAUGCAUUUGAUACAGCAAAGCAAGGCAGGGUUACUCUUGAUCUGAACCAGUUUGUCUACUGUGCUGCCAGCUGUAGAAUAUAAUGUCCACUACACCAGGCAAAACCGGAUUUCCAUCAAAUAAAGGAAUUGUUUGCUUAAUAGCCUUUAUACUGUACAAUUAAGAACUCAAAAUUCCAUGGCCUGUAUCCUUUUCUCUCUUUUGGGGAGCCCAUGUUUUAAGAAAGCCCACUGUUAUUGUAGUUGCGUUUUA